AUGUUGCAUGAGCUAGAUUUUAUUUCACAAGAGACAAUCACAAGCAUCUCGUACAAUAAGGACCUGCUCGUUUCUUCGUGGAGUGGUGAGGUUAUGCUGUAUUCCGGAGUUACUUUUGAGGCCAGAGGGUCUGUAGAAGCAGAGACCCCCAUCACUAAGGCUAUGCUAACACCUGAAGCAGUGAUUGCAGGAGACAUAGAAGGUAAUGUCCGGAUUUAUGACAGACGUUUGAAUGAGAUAUCAAGGAUUUUGAGCGGAGUGGGUGGGAUACAACUUCUACAUGAGUAUAGAGGAUGUGUGGUUGCAGGGGGAUGGAACAAGAAGAUUGCGUUUAUUAACGGAUGCGUAGAGAAUGUAAUGAGCACUGAGAAGAAGGUGUAUUGUUCGGACUUGAUAGGAGACAUCCUCCUGGUAGGGCAGCAAGAACAUGUUGUGGCAUACGACUUGAGGACAAAUGCAUCUUUCUUCAAUAGAAAAUUCAAUAUGGUUGUGAGGUCACUAGUACUGACCGGUAAAGGGUUCUUUGCAGGUACGACAGAUGGUAGGAUAUACUAUGAGGAUUUUGGAGAUGGAUCCAAGUCUUAUGUAUUCAAUGCACACUACUCUAUAUCCGGAGACUCGAAGGUUUUUUAUCCUGUAAACUCCUUGAGAAUGGGGAAGUAUCUACUUUCGGGUGGGUCUGAUGGAAGAGUGCUCAGAUGGAAGCUUGGAGUCAAAAAGACCUACAAAGAGAUUGCUUGUGAUAGAACGGGAGUAAGUAGUUUGUGUGUUGCUGGAGAGAGAGUAGCAGUAGGGUUUUCUUAUUCAUACGAUAGGGGGGAGUGUAAUACUGCACACAGGAGCAGAGUGGUGGUGGUUGAUUUGUAA